GUUAUCAAUAAAAAGAGGACCUGGCAACAAGUCAACGAAAGCUCACCACACAGAUCAAGCUGAGCAAAAUGGCAUCAACAGGAAGAAAACACACCAAAAAGUCCAAAGUAUCAGAAGAGCCGUCUCACCAUCAGGCUUUUGAUUUCAACAUAAAAGAUGAAGCCCAGUGUUUUACUGGCUCUGAUGAUGAGGCGAGAGAAGAAAAUCCCAUCAUUGACAAGAAAGGCAAGAAGAGACCUGCUGGUACAUUUGAGGAAGAUGAAUUAAUUGGAGGUGUAGGGAAUGAAGUUCAGACAAUGUUAGAAAAGUUUGGAGCUGACAUCGGCAAAGCAAUGCAGGCUAGAAGAAAACGUCUGGAGGUUUUGACCAGAAGCUCUAUUAAAAGCAGCAACCAAAAAAUAGAGCAGCUGUGGAAAACCCAGUAUAGCCAGAGGCAGAAGCUGGCACAGGAUUAUUCACAGCAGGUGCUGUCAGUGCUUCAGCAGUGGGAGACUGAUGUUAAGAAGUCUGAGGACCAAGAGGAGAAACUUAAUAAUUUAUUUCAACAGCAGCAGAAGCUCUUCCAACAGGCUCGGGUGGUACAGAAUCAAAAAAUGAAAACGAUAAAAGAGCUAUAUGAGCAGUUCAUUAAGAACAUGGAGGAGAUGGAGAAGAGUCAUGAGACUUUCCUUCAGGGAGCACAGUUGGAGCUGAAGAAGGAGAUGGCUCUGCUGCAGAAAAAGAUAAUGAUGGAUACUCAACAACAGGAGAUGGCCACUGUCAGGAAGUCCCUUCAGUCCAUGCUGUUUUAAAGUCUUAUGUAAUUUUGUUCAUUUGGAAGAUUUAAUUAUUGUUGUUUAUUUUGCUAGAAAAAUGUUUAUCAGAUAAAACUAAUUCAUUUUGUGCAUGUACGCAAGUGUCAUUGUGUUGUUUUUUGCCAUUGGUUUAUAUAUUGCUGUGUAUAGACUGUUCUUGAAUAAAGGAUAUAUUAAUGUUGA